CAACACAACUGAUCAAGAUGCCUCGCCGCAAGUUCGACAAGAAGAAUGCGACCACCUUCGCCCUGGUGCAUCGUGCCCAGAAUGACCCUCUCAUCAACGAUGCCGACGCCCCGAGCAUGGUCUUUGCCGAGCUCAGAGGUCCCCAAUAUGCAAAGCAAAGCCGCAAGAUCAAGGAGCGUGGUGAGCUAGAGGAGGAGUUUGGCACAGACUACAAGCCCAACGAGGGUGAAGCCGCCGAGCAUGGUGUCUACUUUGACGAUACCCAAUACGAUUACAUGCAACAUCUGCGCGAUCUGGGCUCUGGAGGCGGUGCUGCCACAUGGGUCGAGGCUCCCUCUGCAAAGAACAAGAACAAGGGAAAGAUGAGCCUGGAAGAUGCUCUUCGUGGCAUGGACGUCAAGGACGAUGAUUUGCAGAGCUACGGCGGAGAGAGUGUCGCUUCUACCAGGAGUUUGAUGCCCGAGGAUAUGUUGCCCAGCGAAUUUGUGCGCAAAACCACCUACCAGGAUAUGCAAAACGUACCCGACGCUAUCGCUGGCUUCCAACCCGACAUGGACCCUCGCCUGCGCGAAGCCCUCGAGGCUCUGGAGGACGAAGCCUACGUCGACGACGAGGAUGACAUUUUUGAGGAGUUGACUGGAGACGGAGAGGAGGUCGAUCGCGAUGACUGGGAGGGUCUCGAGUUUGACGAGGAAGAGGGUGACGGCUACGUCGACGACGACGAUGAGGGCUGGCAAUCAGACGACACUAUCAAGGCUGGGGAGAAGGGAGACAAGGGCGAUGCCAUACCGCCACCAUCCGAUACUGCUGCCCCUCCGCCAUCAGAUCCAAGCGAGGGAGCCUGGAUGGAGGAGUUUACCAAGUUCAAGCAAGAUGUCAAGGCUGCAAAGGCUCUGCCCAAGAAGGCCGCCCAACCAGCCCCUUCAGAGGCGCCAUCUUUCAACACUGGUCUAUCAUCUCUGGCUUCUGGUCGCCGUAAGAAACGUAAGGGUGCCAUGACCUCAACCUCUGGCUACUCAAUGUCUUCUUCUGCUCUCGUUCGCACGGACGCCCAAAGUCUGCUAGAUCAGAGAUUCGACAAGAUCGAGGAAGCAUACGCCGAGGACGACUUUGACGACUACGGCUCCCAAUUCGACGAUGCAGAGUCCAUGGCCUCAGGUAUGACGGGCAUGUCCCACGCCUCAGCCAUCAGUUCCUACUCACGAGCCACCGACUCCGAAGCUCCCAACCUCGUCCGUACCGACUUUGACAGUAUCAUGGACGGUUUCCUUGCCGGUCACUCUCGUGCUGGUAACCGUGGCCGUCACAUCAAGAAGUCUGGCUUCCAGACAGGUAUGGAGCAGCUCGACGAGAUCCGAUUCGGUCUGGGUCCUGCUCGCUUGGGCAAGUCUGCUCAGGCCCAGAGCAAUCGCCACCGAUAGUCACAAAUACCUGCAUCUUGUCUUUCUUCUAGCGUGGCGUUUGGGCAUGGGAUAUGGACCACAAAAAAAGGAUCAUAAGCGCAGCAUUCUAUAUCACGAUACAAUAUGUCAACUCAAUUGUUCACCAGGAAUUUGUCGACUGCUCUACAACUGAAGGCUUUUGGGUACGAGACUUUCCAAUCAAGGUCGUCUGUGUACACUUUUGAGCCAUCCACCAGUGAGAUUGAAUGGUGUUCGACCGUCACCUCUUGCGGAAGCAUACUCAGAAUCAUAGGGUCUGCCAGCAAAGCCAGCCUCUCAUCAGCCCCUUUAGCUCAGUUGGUAGAGCGCGGCACUAGUAAUGCCGAG